CUCGCCGUAGUUGUCAGCGCAGACUCCCGCUGGGGGACAAACGAGAGGAAGAUGUCUGUGUCUGUACAGCAGCGCUAAGGCACCGCUGAAAAAACAUGUCUCUCAGUGGAGGAGGAAGCAGAGGCUUUUACUUCAACACCGUCUUGUCUUUGGCUCGGUCCCUGGCGGCUCACCGACAGGCUCCGAUAGACAAGGUCCAGAAGCUACAAUGCAUGUGUCCUGUGGACUUCAGAGGCGUCUUCCAGUUGGACGAGAGGAGGAGAGACGCCGUCAUUGCACUUGGCAUUUUCCUAGUGGAGUCGGACCUACAGCACAAAGAUGCUAUCGUCCCCUACCUGCUGGGGUUGCUUAAAGGGCUGCCCAAAGUUCAGUGGAUUGAAGAAAGCUCCGAGCGCAAAGGUAGAGAAACCCUGCCUGUUGCAGAGAACUUCAGCUUCAGUCUCGUGACCCUGCUCUCAGAUGUCGCUCAGCGGGAUGAGACCCUACGAGGGCAGAUCCUGGAGAUGGUCAUGGACAUCAUGCAGGUGUUGCAAGAAAUCUGCAAGUGUCCAGAGGCUCACGAUAAAGAAUACCUGUGUAGGUACACUGUGCCCACCCUGCUUGGUGUCGCCCGCGCAUUCGGCCGAUACAGCAACACCGACGAACCUUUAUUGUCCAAGUUGUUCCCUCGACCCGUCGCUCCCGCGCUGCCUACGGGCGACGAUAGCGAAGCCACCCGCCGCAGGUCCUUCAAUGACUUCCGCUCCAUCCUGCCAAGCUCUUUUCUCACAGCGUGUCAGGGAGACACUCUGCAACGUAAAGGCUCCUCAGUGUCCAGUGCAUCACAACAGGCCAGUCCAGAGAGAGCCGGCCUGACCCCCAGUUCUCCUGCUGAUCCCUCUGCGCCGUACUUUGAAGGCUCCUACCUCCCUGAUGGCAGUGCGGUGGACCCUGAUUACUACUUCUCCACAAUCAGCUCCAGCUUCUCCGUCUCGCCUCUUUUCACCGGAAGCAGCAUUGGAGAGUUUCAUGUCCCUCUGGAUAUGCUCAGGCAGCUCCUGCACAUGGUGGAACAAUUUGUCUCGGAGUCGUUUUUUAAAUCACUAGAUGACACCUUGGCAGAACUUACUGAGUUGACUCCUGGUCUUCAUCUGUACUACAAAACCUUCAGUGAUCCUCUGUAUGUAGCCAUUUUUAAAAUGCUGAGAGACACCCUGUACAACUUAAAAGACCUGCAGACCGACUAUGUGAAGGAGGUCCACGACUUUGUGCUGGAGCAGUUCAGCAGCAGCCAGUCGGAGCUGCAGCGGAUCCUGCAUGACGUUGAGUACCUCCAGAGUGAACUGAGCCCGCUCAAGCUGCGCUGUCAGGCCAAUGCGGCCUGUGUGGACCUAAUGGUGUGGGCUGUCACUGAAGAGCAGGGAGCUGAAAACCUGUGCACCAAACUAUCAGAGAAGCUGCAGUCCAAGACGUCCAGUAAGGUCAUCAUCGCUCACAUGCCCCUCCUCAUUUGCUGUUUACAGGGCUUGGGUCGUCUGUGUGAGCGCUUUCCCGUGGUGGCACAUUCUGUCACCAUGUCAUUGAGAGACUUCUUGGUGGUGCCCUCUCCUGUUUUGGUGAAGUUGUACAAGUACCACAGCCAGUACACGCCAGGCUGUGGAGAGAUAAAGAUCCAUGUGACGAAUGAGCAUUCCCAGUCAACGCUCAGCACCAAUCCUAGCAAGAAGAGCCAGCCCUCUAUGUAUGAGCAGCUGCGGGACAUCUCCAUAGAUAACAUCUGCAGGUGCCUGAAAGCAGGACAGACUAUGGACAAUGUCAUCGUCGAGGCUUUUCUCGCCAGUCUGUCUAACCGCCUCUACAUCUAUCAGGAAAACGACAAGGAUGCCCACUUGAUCCCCGACCACACCAUCAGGGCUUUGGGUCACAUUGCUGUAGCCUUACGGGACACCCCCAGGGUAAUGGAGCCCAUCCUUCAGAUCCUACAGCAGAAGUUCUGUCAGCCCCCCUCCCAGCUUGACGUUCUCAUCAUAGACCAGCUUGGAUGCAUGGUCAUCACAGGCAAUCAAUACAUCUACCAGGAGGUGUGGAAUUUGUUCCAGCAGAUCAGUGUCAAGGCCAGUUCCUUGGUGUAUUCUACCAAAGACUACAAAGAUCAUGGAUACAGACACUGUUCCUUGGCUGUGAUAAAUGCUCUGGGUAACAUAGCGGCGAACGUCCAGGCUGAGCAGAUGGUCGACGAGCUGCUGGUCAACCUACUGGAGCUCUUUGUUCAACUGGGCUUGGAGGGGAAGAGGGCCAGUGAGAGAGCCUCAGACAAAGGUCCCGCUCUGAAGGCAUCGAGCAGUGCUGGAAACCUCGGUGUCCUGAUCCCUGUGAUUGCAGUCCUGACCAAGAGGUUGCCACCGAUUAAGGAAGCAAAGCCACGUCUGCAGAAGCUCUUCAGGGACUUCUGGCUCUACUCUGUUGUCAUGGGAUUUGCGGUGGAGGGUUCAGGUUUGUGGCCGGAGGAGUGGUACGAGGGCGUUUGUGAGAUUGGGACCAAAUCGCCACUGCUCACGUUUCCCAGUGGAGAACCUUUACGCUCAGAGCUGCAGUACAACUCUGCACUGAAGAAUGACACCGUCACCCCGGCAGAGCUGAAUGAUCUGCGAAGUACCAUAAUCAACCUGCUGGAUCCUCCUCCCGAAGUGGCUGCUCUCAUCAACAAAUUGGAUUUUGCCAUGUCCACAUAUUUGCUCUCUGUUUACAGACUAGAGUACAUGAGGAUGCUGCAUUCUCUGGACUCUGAUCGUUUUCAGGUCAUGUUCCGAUACUUUGAAGACAGAGCCAUACAGAAGGACAAAUCCGGCAUGAUGCAGUGUGUGAUUGCUGUCAGCGACAAGGUUUUUGAGGUCUUCCUACAGAUGAUGGCUGAGAAACCAAAGACCAAAGCCCACGAGGAGGAGCUGGAACGCCAUGCCCAGUUCCUCCUGGUCAACUUCAACCACAUCCACAAGAGGAUCCGCAGGGUUGCUGACAAAUAUUUGUCUGGCCUGGCUGAAACUUUCCCCCACUUGUUGUGGAGCGGCCGAGUGCUGAAGACCAUGUUGGACAUCCUGCAGACACUUUCCCUCUCGCUCAGUGCUGACAUUCAUAAAGAUCAACCUUAUUAUGACAUCACGGACACACCGUACAGAAUCACUGUCCCAGAUACAUAUGAAGCCAGAGAGAGCAUAGUGAAGGAUUUCGCCGCUCGCUGUGGUGAGAUUCUGAAGGAGGCCAUGAAGUGGGCUCCAUCUGUGACCAAAUCCCACCUCCAGGAGUAUCUGAACAAACAUCAGAACUGGGUAUCGGGUCUCUCCCAGCACACAGGCCUGGCCAUGGCCACAGAGAGCAUCCUGCACUUUGCUGGUUACAACAGACAGAGUACAACUCUGGGGUCCACUCAGCUGACUGAGAGGCCGGCAUGUGUGAAGAAGGACUAUUCCAACUUCAUGGCCUCCCUCAACCUCAGGAACAGAUACGCUGGAGAGGUAGCGGGUAUGAUCAACUUUGCCCAGGCAGUUCGUGGACAGUCCGAUCUGAGCCGGGUGAUGAUCAAGCAGAUGGGAGAGGCUCUGGACUCUGCGCAGCCUGAGGCCUUCACGGAGGCCAUGUUCAAACUGGCUGCCUUACUCAUCAGUACCAAAGACUGUGAUCCUCUGCUGCUGCACCACCUCUGCUGGUCCCCCCUUAAAAUGUUUACAGAGCACGGCAUGGAAACAGCUAUCGCUUGCUGGGAGUGGCUGCUGGCAGCUCGUGUCGGAGUGGAAGUACCGUUUAUGCGAGAGAUGGCGGGAGCGUGGCAGAUGACCGUGGAGCUGAAGAUGGGCUUGUUCUCAGAUGCACAGGUGGAGGCGGAUCCUUUGGCGGCGUCAGAGGAAAGUCAGCCUGUUCCCUGCCCACCAGACGUUACCCCGCACCACAUAUGGAUCGAGUUUCUAGUCCAGAGGUUUGAGAUAGCUAAAUAUUCCAGCGCAGACCAAGUGGAGAUAUUUUGCAGUGUACUCCAGCGCUCGCUGUCUCUCAAUGUAGGCGGCGCUCAGAGUAGCCUCAACCGCCAUGUGGCUGCUAUCGGACCUCGUUUCAGGCUGCUGACUCUGGGUCUGGCUCUGCUCCACUCUGACGUUGUCACCACCGCCACCGUGAGGAACGUGCUCCGAGAGAAAAUCUAUUCUACAGCCUACGAUUACUUCAGUGUGGCUCCCAAGUUUCCCACCCAGGGGGACAAGCGUCUCCGCGAGGACAUCAGCAUCAUCAUCCGCUUCUACGCCAGCAUCCUGUCCGACAAGAAGUACCUGGCCGCGUGCCACCUGGUCCCACCUGGUGAGCUUGGCACUACCCCUGCCCCGAGCACGCUCUCUGCCGGGAUAUUUGGAUCGCUUAUCGUGUCCAGCACUUCUCCGAUAUCUCUCUUAAAUAAUCAGGACCCGUCCAUGAACAGUCUGUCAGUGAUGAACGCCACUGACCUCAGGAGCAACGUGGACUCGAGCUCCCGCUCCCAGCAGAGCAGCCAGGGAUGGAUCAACACCUACCCGCUGUCCAGUGGCAUGUCCACCACAUCCAAGAAAUCUGGCACAUCCAAGAAGAGCAACAGAGGGACGCAGCUUCACAAAUACUACAUGAAACGCAGGACUCUGCUGCUGGCCUUACUGGCAAGUGAGAUCGAGCGGCUGACAACGUGGUACAACCCCCUCUCCAUUCAGGAACUGGCCAUUGCCAUGGAGCAGUCGGUGGAGACCAGCAUCGCCAACUGGAGGUCCAAAUACAUCAGCCUCACCGAGAAACAGUGGAAGGACAACGUCAACCUGGCCUGGAGUAUCGCGCCUUACCUGGCUAUGCAGCUGCCUACAAGGUUUAAGAACGACGCCAUUGUUGCUGAAGUGACCAGGCUGGUGAGACUGGACCCCGGAGCGGUCAGUGACGUGCCUGAAGCCGUCAAGUUCCUGGUGACAUGGCACACCAUCGAUGCUGACUCUCCUGAGCUGAGCCACAUCCUGUGUUGGGCCCCCGCAGACCCGCCAACUGGCCUGUCCUACUUUAGCAGCAUGUACCCUCCUCAUCCUCUCACCGCUCAGUAUGGGGUGAAGGUGCUGCGCUCCUUUCCUCCGGAUGCCAUCUUGUUCUACAUUCCUCAAAUUGUGCAGGCUCUCCGUUAUGAUAAGAUGGGCUACGUGAGGGAGUACAUCCUGUGGGCGGCUCAGAAGUCUCAGCUACUUGCGCACCAGUUUAUCUGGAACAUGAAGACCAACAUCUUCCUGGAUGAGGAGGGACACCACAAAGAUCCUGACAUCGGCGAGCUGUUGGAGCAGAUGGUGGAGGAGAUCACAGGUUCUCUGUCUGGUCCGGCCAAAGACUUCUACCAGAGAGAGUUCGACUUCUUCAACAAAAUCACCAACGUGUCCGCAAUCAUCAAGCCGGUUCCAAAGGGAGAUGAGAGGAAAAGAGCAUGUCUCAAAGCCCUGUCUGACAUCAAAGUCCAGCCAGGCUGUUACCUGCCCAGUAACCCUGAAGCUAUAGUGCUGGACAUUGACUACAAAUCUGGAACACCCAUGCAGAGUGCAGCCAAGGCGCCCUACCUGGCCAAGUUCAAGGUGAAACGCUGCGGGGUGAGUGAACUAGAGAGGGAGGGUCUUCGCUGCCCCUCCGACUAUCUGGAAGACGGAGAAGAGAAUCCAGACGGGUCACGCAGGGUGUGCUGGCAGGCAGCCAUCUUUAAAGUGGGAGACGACUGCAGACAGGACAUGCUCGCUCUGCAGAUCAUCGGGCUUUUUAAGAACAUCUUUCAGCUGGUGGGCCUGGAUCUGUUUGUCUUCCCAUAUAGAGUGGUGGCUACUGCACCAGGGUGUGGCGUGAUCGAGUGCAUCCCAGACUGUAAGUCCCGAGACCAACUCGGCAGACAGACGGACUUCGGGAUGUACGAUUACUUCCGUAACCAGUACGGCGACGAAUCCACCUUUGCCUUUCAGAAGGCACGGUACAACUUCAUUCGCAGCAUGGCCGCCUACAGCCUACUGCUGUUCCUGCUGCAGAUCAAGGACAGACACAACGGCAACAUCAUGCUGGACAGCAAGGGCCACCUCAUCCACAUAGACUUUGGCUUCAUGUUCGAGAGCUCUCCGGGCGGGAACCUUGGCUGGGAGCCGGACAUCAAGCUGACGGAUGAGAUGGUGAUGAUCAUGGGAGGGAAGAUGGAGGCCACACCGUUCAAAUGGUUCAUGGAGAUGUGCGUCAGAGGGUACCUGGCUGUACGACCCUAUAUGGAUGCAGUGGUUUCUCUAGUGACCCUCAUGCUGGACACUGGACUACCAUGCUUCAGGGGACAAACCAUUAAACUCCUCAAAGGACGGUUUAAUCCGCAAAUGAGUGAGAAAGAAGCGGCAGCGUUCAUCAUCAAAGUCAUCCAAAGCUGUUUCCUCAGCAGCAGGAGCAAAACGUACGACAUGCUGCAGUAUUACCAGAACCAAAUUCCUUACUGAGGUUCUUCCGCCGGACCUGCUGUGGUACAAGCAAUGCAAACCGAGGUGACCUGUGCAUCACUCUGCUCACUCUGAGCGAGACGAUGAUGUGGCACUUUGGUCCGUGUUCUUCAGUUUUGACUGUAAUCUGUCUGAUUCUACAACGUACAUCUUGAGUUUUUAACCGGUUCUUCGUUUAACUUGAGAGUAAAGGACAAUGUAAGGCUGUAACCAAAAGAGGUAUUUGAAUCACCCUUUAAGUAUUUUCUUCCUAAUGCUGUUAUUCUUUACUCUGCAAACAUUAACUGAACUAUCACACUAGAGGAAGAUGGCCAUAACAGGAGCCAUAUUUAUCAUGUUUGUCCAAGCAGCUGUUAUAGUUAUCAUUCUGUUACUAUGCUGUUAUUCACUUUUAUGCACUUUAUAGAUCACAGUAUUUAAUCUUCGUCGCCUGCCUGACAUUCAGAGAUUAAAAACAUGUGCAGUGUAAUCAACUGAUAAAUUGAAUUUCAGUAGUUUUAAUUUAGUCGAUUAUAAUUCAGCGCAGGAGUCAAUCAGCUUUUAGUUUAACAGUAGUCUUUAGCAAGGUGAAGGUGUUUAGAAUUUACUGUAGAAGAUCACAGGUGUUUUUUUUCUUCUGUGAUUUACAUGGAACUCGUAGAAUUAUAUGUGAACCUAUUUAUCAGAGGUUUAGUGCCGCUUUGACACUUUCCCUCAUAAGUCACUUCACACUUCGUCAUUUCAGCUUUUAGGUGAAAUCUGUUAUAGAGAGGCAUUGUGCCACUACAGGAACUUGGCAACCCAUAACUCAAACUUUUAAUGAACGGGUAAGAAUUUGAUGCUUCUGCCUUUUUCAAAAUUUAAGAUCUGCCUCUGAGGAAGAGAUAGCAGGAAAACCCCUGUAGUGUUUAUGCACCGUUUGGUAGGUGAUUGUACUUGUGGACCACACAACAAUGGAACUGCCCCCUCUGGAGACAGAGGGGGCAGUUAGCGGUUAGUUCUACAGUUUCAAAUUUGAAUUAUCAUUAAAACAGUGGUUGAUUACCACAGUAGAUUAACCCGAUAAAUACUGUCCAGCUCGCGUGCAGGUGCAUGAUGAACGGCUGUGCUGUUCUUUCGAAAGGUUUAUGUAUCAGUACUGCUUACACAUUUUUAUCAUAUUUUAACAAUACCGUGAUAAUACUGCUAACUGUGAUAACAGUGUCACUUUAUCCAUGAUGGUAAAUGUUCAUAUCAUUACAUCUGUAGCCGGAGCCCUCACACGACUGCGUGGCAGGCUUUAAUGGAAACGCUCCUCAUUCACUUUGAAUUUGGUGACGUCAUGCGGCGCUGAACUGCUUCGCGGUUCCAUUGCGUUGCUUUGUGUGCGCUGUGUGCUAGAAUUUGAAAAAAGCUUUUUUUAAGUGGCAGCACAGGCACUUUUACAAUCAUUCGCGCGCAGGCGUAAGCCAAUCAAAUCACAUUUACUCAUUGACAUCAGACAUGAAAAUGAGCCUGGAGAGAGGAGGCAGAGGCUGCUGGUGAACCUACUGUGUGUUCCUCUGGUUGUGGAGCUUAUUUCUCGCCUACUUUUCUUCGGCGUUGCGUGGACAGCUAGCAUGGCACGUCAGCACGAAUAUCAAGCCGGCCAUGUUGUGCGUUCCAAAUGGGGACAUUUUUAUAAUGAUUGCACCAGCACUAAGCCUCAGACACACCCAGCGUCAAGCGUUAAAGCAACCCAUAUGUGCUUAUGGGCAAUCCUAGAACUUUCUUUUAAAUCUUUGAAUGAAUCUAUAACCCAGAAAGCAUUUGCAUUCCUUCUCUGUUGAGCUCCAGAGCUGAGGAAAUGGUGGAAACAAAAGCAGAAGCUGUGACAAUGGCUACAGGUUAAGCUAUGGGUCGUUAAGUUCCUGUAGUGGAAAAGAGAAGGGAAGAGCUGAUCCAGCACACAGGGCAGACCAGGAGCUCCACAGAUACAUUGACAUGUACAGAAUUUCGGUCCUGUAUCAGAAUACAUGUGUCUGCCCACCCUUUAUAGUACGUUUAACCCUGUCCGGAAACAUUCCUCCGAGAGUGUAAGAUUUAGAUCAAACCUCUCGGGUUCAGGUUUUUGUUGGAUGAUCGUGCUGAUACCUUUGCAGAUGAUGAUUAAACCUUAAAAGCCAUUUUCUCCUGCCAUACGUAGAAACUGUAGUUAUACUUGAUGAAAAAAAACAACAACUACUUUAUGCAAUAUAUUCAUGUACAUUGAUACUGUUUGUGUUGUGUUCAACAAAUGAAAUUGCUGUAAUUCCCUCCAGACCGGUCCUUGUGUAAAAGUGUUUUAUGUUGCAGCUAUAACUUACUACCAACACAUUUGAAUAUACAGAAGUUAUUUGUGUGAUCAUGAACACAGACUGUGUCAUUGUUUUGAUUACUACUUGACAAAGCCAUUUUUAAUGUAGUUGAUUUUAUUGUGGCUGUUAUUUGAAAUAUUUUAGACAUCCCUAAAUGUCCACUGUUACUGUGUGUGUGUUGUUUGCAAUUUCUCCAUUUUUAGCGACAUCAUCAUUGCUGGUUGAGAUGUAUUUCAGACUUUAUUCUGAUGUGUGGAAACUCAUUUUCAGAUUAAAUGUGUGAACAUUCA